AUGGCCACUAACCUCACACCGCCAGAACUCAAGCCCACUAACCUCACACAGUCAGAACUCAAGCCCACUAACCUCACACCGCCAGAACUCGAGCCCACUAACCUCACACCACCAGAACUCAAGCCCAAUAACCUCACACCGCCAGAACUCAAUGCCACUAACAUCAUACAACCAGAACUAAAGGCCACCUACCUCACACCGCCAGAACUCAAGGCCACUAACCUCACACCGCCAGAACUCAAGCCCACUAACCUCACACAACCAGAGCUCAUGCCCACUAACCUCACACCACUAGAAUUCAAGCCCACUAACCUCAAACCUCCAGAACAAAAUCCCACUAACCUCACACCGCCAGAACUCAAGCCCACUAACCUCACACUGCCAGAACUCAAGGCCACUAACCUCACACCGCAAGAACUCAAGCCCACUAACCUCACACCGCCAGAACUCAAGCCCAUUAACCUCACACCGACAGAACUCAAGCCCACUAACCUCGAAACGCCAGAAAUCAAGGCCACUAACCUCAAACUGCCAGUAAUCAAGGCCACUUACCUCACACCGCCAGAACUCAAGCCCAAUAACCUCACACCGCCAGCACUGAAGGCCACUUACCUCACACCGCCAGAACUCAAGGCCACUUACCUCACACCGCCCGUACUCAAGGCCACUAACCUCACACCACCAGAACUCAAGCCCACAAACCUCACACCGCCAGAACUCAAGGCCACUAACCUCACACCGCCAGAACUCAAGCGACUUACCUCACACCGCCAGAACUCAAGGCCAUUAGCUUCACACCACCAGAACUCAAGCCCACAAACCUCACACCGCCAGAACUCAAGCCCACUAAGCUCACACCACCAGAACUCAAGGACUAAUCUCACAUCAAACGAACAACUCAAGCCCACUAACCUCACACCACCAGAACUCAAGCCCAAUAACCUCACACCGCCAGAACUCAAUGCCACUAACCUCACACAACCAGAACUCAAGGCCACUAACCUCACACCGCCAGAACUCAAGCCCACUAACCUCACACAACCAGAACUCAAGCCCACUAACCUCACACCACCAGAAUUCAAGCCCACUAACCUCAAACCUCCAGAACAAAAUCCCACUAACCUCACACCGCCAGAACUCAAGCCCACUAACCUCACACUGCCAGAACUCAAGGCCACUAACCUCACACCGCAAGAAUCAAGCCCACUAACCUCACACCGCCAGAACUCAAGCCCAUUAACCUCACACCGACAGAACUCAAGCCCAUUAACCUCACACCGACAGAACUCAAGCCCACUAACCUCACAACGCCAGAAAUCAAGGCCACUAACCUCACACCGCCAGAACUCAAGGCCACUAACCUCACACCGCCAGAACUCAAGCCCACUAACCUCACACCGCCAGAACUCAAGGCCACUAACCUCACGCCAACUCAAGCCCACUAACCUGACACUGCCAGAACUCAAGGCCACUAACCUCACACCGCAAGAACUCAAGCCCACUAACCUGACACCGCCAGAACUCAAGCCCAUUAACCUCACACCGCCAGAACUCAAGGUCACUAACUUCACAACGCCAGAACUCAAGGCCACUAACCUCAUACCACCAGAACUCAACCCCACUAACCUCACACCGCCAGAAAUCAAGGCCACUAACCUCACACAACCAGAACUCAAGGCCUAA